UAGAGAGGGCAAUACAUGUAGGGUUACAAAAACCCCAGUCCAGGGACAAGGCAGAGAGGCAGGAACCUAGCAGAGCAGAGGAUGGCUGAGAUGAGUGCCCCAAAGGAGCCAGAUGGCCCUGGUGAGGCUAAGCCCCAACUAGGGGGUGGCAGAGGAAGAAAGGCCUCCAGGUCCUGGGGGAGUUCAGAAGAGGUGACAUUCUGGGGUAUGAAAUUAGCUGAAAAAGACCCCAGACUCCUAAGGACCCACCACCUCAAGAUCUUUCCAGGAUAUCUGACUCGGGUCCCCCAGACUCUUUGGCUGAUUCUCAUUUCUCUGGUCUUCUUCAUGCUCCUUGUGACCACCCUGGCCCAAGUCUUCAGAAUCCUCCAGUCCUUGCAGAAGGAGACCUGGGACCACCAGAGGAGCCACAAUUCAACUACCAUUUCUCCAAAGCAGAUACACUCAGAGCUGGAGGAGAUCCGCCAGCAGCUGACUUGGAUGAAUGCCACCCUGACUGGCUUGUGCCGUCUCUGCCCCUGGAAUUGGGAAUUCUUCCAGGGAACUUGCUACUUCUUCUCCAAGACCAAGGGAAUCUGGAAAUUUUCUGUCUCUGCCUGUGAGAAGAUGGGGGCCCAACUGGUGAUUGUCGACAAUGCUGAGAAGCAGACUUUCCUAAGGUUCUGGAAUGUCAGAGAAAAUACCAGGACCUGGCUUGGCCUCAGUGACCACCACAAUGAAGGCUCCUGGCACUGGGUGGACAACAGCUCCCUCCAGCUCAGCUUCUGGUUGGAAGGAGAACCCAACAACCAUGAGAAUGAAGACUGUGUGGAAUUGACCAAUGAUGGCUGGAAUGACAACAAAUGUACUGUAGAAAAUUUCUGGAUCUGUGAGAAGCCAUCUGGUUCUUGCCCUGGCCUCUGAGGGCUGUUUCCCUUUGGUGAAUUCCCAUAUGCCUCCUGAACUGAGGUCUUUGAGAUGCUGAGUCUCCAUGACCCCCUUCUACUCAAAGACCCCGUACCUCCAUAGGCUCCAGCUCAUCCCUCUUCCUCCUUUGAUGGUCUCAGUUACCUUCAACCCCCAUGAAAUCCACCUAAUAAAGUCACACAUUGCAUUCCAUUCAACUUA